AAGUGCGGCGGUGCAAAGUGUUAGAGAAGCCAGUGUACCUUGGAGGACACGUAAGGGGGAGGUAACGCGUUGGUUUUGGAGACCUUGCGCGAUACACACAGCACAAGCACCGAUGGAGAGAAAGGACCAUUAGCCAUAGUCCUGGGGAAAUACGCAGAAGCAGUAUUCCAUGUCUCUCCUCUGCCCUGUUAUUGAUGGGAAACCAACUAGACCGGAUCACCCACCUGAACUACAGCGAGCUACCCACCGGGGAUCCAUCGGGCAUCGAGAAGGACGAGUUGCGUGUUGGUGUGGCGUAUUUCUUUUCCGAUGAGGAGGAAGAGCUGGACGAUCGAUCGCAGUCGGACAGCUUUAAAGACAACAACAGCCCGAGCAAAGACGGUCCGAUUGCGCUUAACGACAUCGAGUACUCGGCGUUCUGCUGCCAGGAAUGUAUAUACUCCAAACUCCGAGAGAACGAGGACCUGAAUGUUUAUUCUGUGAAAACUUUAUUGACCAUGUGCAAACCCGGGGAUCUACUGGAGUUAGUGGCAAACGCACAACCCCCGCACUGGGCGAUCUUUGAAGGGGAGGACCAGGUUAUUCACCUCUACAAGGGGGAGAUCCGCAAGGACAGCUUGUUUGAGAUCAGCUGCGGUCGACAGGGCAGGAUAGUGAACAAUCGGUACCGCUACCGGCCGCUGCCUGCUGAUUUGGUGAUGCAGAACGCGAGCGGGCACGUGGGGCUCAGCAGCGGCGAGACUUGCUGGACGAACUCGGAAAGUUUCGCAGCGUGGUGCCGUUUCGGCAAGCGGGAGUUUAAAGCGGGCGGGGAGGCGCACUCGGUCGAGCAGCGCUACUUUCUGAAGGUGCACCUGUCCGAGAGCACCGCGCACACGCUCAUGUUCCGCAGCCUGGAGGAGAUGAUACGCGAGAGACGGCGAGUGGACGCCAGCGGCAUUCUGAAGGAGCUGUCGCUGGUGACAGGGAAGGAAUGAGCGCUUGGGACUCUCUGCAUGCCUUGAGCAAGGGCUGCUUACCUUUAUUUCAGGACUUUGGGAGGGUUGUGCGUAUUUGUGUGAACAUGUUUUGGCAAAGACAACGCCCCUUUUGGUUGUGCUGUGAGAACCGAUGGCCCCACUAAAGUCACCCUGUACCUUUAAAAAGGAAAAAGAUAAAACAUAAGGUGAGCCCUCAUAACAGUUCGCCCAUGAACCGAUGCAGCCCCCUCAAAUUCUCACCCUAGCUCUGCUGCGGCAGAUGGUGACCACGAUGCGUUCAUAUGUCUGUGGCAAGCCGUUUUGACAUUCAUUCCUUAAGACUGACUAGUAGCCUACUUGUGUUUUUUUUUGUUACUAAUACUCAUUAUUCACUAAAAACUAUUCAAAUAGUUUCAAGUGUCUUUUUCCCGUUGUCCUGGCAGCAUUUGAAUACUACUAGUAGCGUGUAUUCCAGUUGUUACAUUUUUAAUCGUACUAGUAAGACUUCAGUUUGAACUAAUUAGCCUUUCUGACUAGUCAUUACAUAUGACAAGAGGAAAGCAAGCGUUACUAGUGAGAUGAACAAUGUUACUUGUAACAGCUGAGAUCAAUAGCUACUAGCUACUAUUUUGCCGGUGGAUCUGUGGUUCAGAUACAAACUAUUCACUUCCAAUAUAGGCAUUAGUAACCAUUCAUUAGGUACUAGUUACUAUUUUAGGAAUAAUUAGGCUACUACGGAAAUUGAAAAAGAGAGGCUACUAGCCACUAUUUGACUACUUUCUACUAAUUAAAAAGAUGUACUGGUAACUUUAACAGUUUAAAGGAAUACAUGUGAAACAGCUUGCCAUAUGUCUAUUAUUUGACUGAACUCUUGAGCUUUAACAUUAAACGUGAAGCUCUGUUAUUGCGCAUCUGUCCAGCUGCAUUAGUUCCUCUAAACCCCUACAGGCGACAACACACGAGCCUUUGUUUUCAUUCUCUUACCAACAAAUGCAGCGAACAUUCUUCUGUUUUUGGAGUCCAUAUUUUUGUAUUUCAGUUAGUACGUUAAAAGAAAACUGUUUUUAUUUAAAUAAACGUAGAUUGCCCUAUGAAAA